GAGCAAAAGUACACACAUGUGCACUUGUGCAUGUAACUGAGCAUUAGAAUAUAAUGGAAUCCGAGUGCUGACAUCAUUGGAGCACAGACCUAGACGGUCCAUCUCCGGACAGGACUCUUUUCAAAUAGGAACUUUUUACUGCACUCAUAAUAAUUUUUUUUUUUAUAUCAAGUGCCACUUCCUCAGCAGUAGCUGAAAUGUGAUAAUUAAAAGCCAGUUGUUGUUUCGUUGCCAUGGCAUUACCACAGCAGCACCAGCUGCUGCAGGAGACCAAGGUUAGCUGUGAUAGUGAAGGGGGGGCCAUUACUGUACAGAUAACUGACAGCCACAAUCAACAGGUGGUCCCAGGCCGAGGGGGUGAGAAUUCUGAUGUGCCUAGUGGCAUGGGUUCCUCCAAGCCCUGCAAGUAUAGUAUCUCAUCCAGCUGCAGCUCUGGGGAGUUAGGUGGACCCAGGGUUACCAUGACUCACCUGAGUAAUCAGAGGAGAGUUCCACCACUGUUUGAAAGGUCUUCUGCGCAGUGCUGGGACCCUAAAUUUGACUCAUCUGUCCUGGAGGAGGCAUGCAGGGAGCGGUGCUUUCCCCAGACACAAAGACGUUUCCGCUACAUCCUCUUUUACCUCACCACCGCAACACUCCUUUGGGGGGUGUACUUUGGGAUCAAUAGCUCCAGGUGUAACCCUACAAAUUUCCUGGUCCCCACUGCAGGGUUCCUCAUAAUCUGCCUCCUCCUCCUCUGGUUUACCUUCUUGAGGCCGUAUGUGCAUCUCUAUAACCACGCCUCCUUUAUGCUUACAGUGAUUAUGUUCUGCAUCACGUUGGCACCACAGACCCAGACCGCUUACUUUGCUCAUUUUGGUGGACAGAGAGUGGGCAAUCAAUCACUACAACCCCCUUUUGGUGAGAAGUCUUCCCAACAAGCUCCUUGUAUAUCACCUGUUGGAACAUUUUCUCUUUGUAUGGAGGUGCUGCUCUUGCUGUACAGUGUCUUGCAUCUACGGCUGUAUGCCUCUGUGCUUCUUGGGCUCCUGUAUUCUGUGCUGUUUGAAUCUUUAGGGUGGCUGCAGCUGGCUUUGUUGGAUGGUAGUGAUGUAGGGUCUUGGGCCAAUGGCGAAGAUCCAAGUUCAGACUGGGAAACAUUGAGGUGGCUCGGCCCAGGUAAAGCAAUUUUGCACCUGUGCGCCCAUCUCAUCGGCAUCCACAUAUUCAUUAUGUCUGAAGUGCGUUCUCGGAGUACCUUUCUGAAGGUAGGACAGGCAAUCAUGCAUGGGAAGGACCUUGAAGUGGAGAAAGCCCUGAAGGAGCGAAUGAUACACUCCGUCAUGCCGCAGUUGGUGGCGGACGAACUGAUGAAACAGGGAGACGAAGAGAGUGAAAGCUCAGGGAAACGAUACAGUGUAGGUACAUGCUCUGUUGCAACAGCAUCUGCCACAACCUCGUCCAGCCCGAAGAGCAACAAGCAUAAGAAAAACUCAAUCCCACGUGGACAAAUAAUUUUCAGACCCUUCAACAUGAAACGCAUGGAGCCGGUCAGCAUCCUCUUUGCUGACAUUGUGGGAUUUACCAAAAUGAGUGCCAACAAGUCUGCCCAUGCCCUGGUUGGACUGCUGAAUGACCUGUUUGGUCGUUUUGACUGUCUUUGUGAGUUGACCCACUGCGAGAAGAUAAGUACUCUAGGAGACUGUUACUAUUGUGUGGCGGGCUGCCCUGUGCCAAGCACCGAUCAUGCAUACUACUGCGUGGACAUGGGGCUUGGGAUGAUCCAUGCAAUUGAGCAGUUUUGCCAGGAGACGUGUGAGACCGUGGACAUGCGUGUUGGCGUCCACACUGGCACUGUGCUCUGUGGAAUUCUUGGAAUGAAGCGCUUUAAGUUUGAUGUCUGGUCCAAUGAUGUCAACUUGGCCAAUCUAAUGGAACAGCUGGGCGUUGCAGGGAAGGUACACUUGUCGGAGGUCACGGCAAGUUUUCUGGAUGACCGUUACGAGAAAGAGGAUGGAAGAGUGUUGGAACGUGCCGGGCAAAGUGUUAAUGACCAGCUGAAAGGUUUGAAGACUUAUUUGAUCUCAGGUCGGAAAAUGGGCUCGCAGUGCGGCUGUUCCCAGGUCAGUUUGGGGCGAGAUUUGGGUGAGAUGUUAAGUCAAUAUCCACACACUCAAGACCUCACACCCUCCGCCAUUGCAGAGACUCUCUCACACGACAAGUCUGUGUGUACAUCCUGCAGUGUCUCAUUAGAUGCUGGUGGGAAUACGAUUGCAGAUGAGGCAACUCGAAAUGGUUGCCAGGAUGAACAUAAAGCCAACAGUAGCAAGUUCCCUGCAGGCCGUAGCCCUAAAACCCUGAAUGGGCUGCUGAGCCCUAUGUGUGAGGAAGGCGUGAGGGUCAGCCAGUCCUCCCUGUGUGACAAACUCCAUGACAAAGACAGGAGCUGGGCAGGUGGUCUAUCUGCAGAAGGAGGUGGCGCUGGCAUGGACCACUCUGCUAUCCUCCCGCUACGCUCCAAAAACUUCCGGGAGAAAAGCGAUGCACACUUUGUGGAAGUGAUAAAGGAAGACAGUCUGAUGAAAGAUUAUUUCUUCAAGCCACCCAUUAACAAGCUGAGUCUGAACUUCCUGGAAAAACCUCUGGAGUCAGCUUACCGCACAAGCUAUCAGGAGGAGGUGGUAAACCAUGUGCCGGUGCAGACAUUUGCGAGUCCAGUGUUCAGCUCUCUGCUUGAUGUUCUGCUGUCUUGUGCUGUUUUCCUCGCACUGACCAUCGCCUGCUUCCUGUAUCCCCUUGUUACCACAGAGACACCCCGGGCAGCCACACUUGGUCUGGUGAUCACGGCCGCUCUAUUAGAAUCUCUCACGCUGUCUAUCCAUAUGACCUUUUGCCUGGACGAUGUACAGAACUGUUCUCGCUCUCUGCUGAAGCUGGGGUCUGGCUGGCUUUCACGUCAUGUGAUCGGGGCUGUGCUUGUGUCCCUUCCUGCUGUGUCCGUCUUCUCCCACCUGGUUUACAGUCUUCAGCUGCCUAUCCAGGCAACUAUGUUCCUGUGCUGUGCCCUCAUUAUUGCCAUUAUCCAGUACUGUAACUUUUGCCAGCUGAGUUUCUGGAUGCGCUCUGUUCUGGCCACUGUAGUUGGGUUGUCUUUGCUCGCCCAGCUCUACAGCACCACCUCCAGGCCAAGCACCACUGACAGCUCUCCAGCUUUUGGGAACAUUAGUAAUAUAAGCACUGAAGUAAUUCAGGCAGGUGGGUUGGACUUGGCACCUACAGCCCUUGACCUGCUCAUCCCAGAGACUGUGCUUUCUUUCUUCCUUCUAAUGCUGCUGGUUUGGUUCCUCAACCGAGAAUUUGAGGUCAGCUACCGUCUGCAUUACCAUGGAAAUGUGGAAGCCGACAAGCAUCGCAUCAAGAUCCAGACCAUGCGAGAUCAGGCGGAUUGGUUGCUACGGAACAUCAUCCCCAUUCAUGUUGCUGAGCAGCUGAAGGUGAACCAGAGUUACUCUAAAAAUCAUGACAUCGUUGGGGUCAUCUUUGCAAGUAUUGUGAACUUCAGCGAGUUCUAUGAGGAGAGCUAUGAGGGCGGCAAAGAGUGCUACAGAGUACUUAACGAACUCAUCGGAGACUUCGACGAACUGUUGCGCAAGCCUGCAUUCUCCAACGUAGAGAAAAUUAAGACCAUUGGUGCCACCUACAUGGCGGCAUCAGGAUUAAAUGGGCAGCAGUGCCAGGAGCAACUGCAUCCGCAUGCCCACCUGCGUGCCCUCUUUGACUUUGCCCUUGAGAUGAUGCAUGUGGUGGAUGAUUUUAACAAGAACAUGUUGGGCUUCAAGUUCAAGCUACGAAUAGGCUUUAACCAUGGUCCCCUGACUGCCGGUGUCAUCGGAACUACAAAGCUACUUUAUGACAUCUGGGGUGACACGGUCAACAUUGCUAGCCGCAUGGACAGCACGGGAGUAGAGUGCCGCAUUCAGGUUAGCGAAGAAAGCCACUGCGUACUCAGCAGAAUGAACUACGACUUUGAUUACCGCGGCACUGUGAAUGUGAAAGGUAAAGGGCAGAUGAGGACUUACUUGUACCCUAAACUGGGCGAGAGUGAACUUGGGUCCACACAGAUCCUGGAACUUCAAGCCCAGACGGAUUGCACUGUUGGGCAGUUGGAUACCAACACACUCGCCAAUACAACAACAACAGAAUCCUCUGCAACACUAAACCCUCUAUCCACCUCUCCCAAUGUUGCCUCUAUCAGUGGCCAUGGUGUGCCUCAAGGGCAGGUAUUAGGCACAUUUCAGAUUAACGAGGAGUUGCACCAAGACACUAAUGAAGCUUUCCUUGUCCCUGAGCUCAAAGAAAAGGAUUAUGAGAAUCCUUAUCAAGCACCAUUGCUUAGUGGUACACAAGCUCCAUCAAUUGCACAACUGUACGCACCAUUAGCCAGACCAGAGGCACCUUUACAAGAAGAGGAAGAAGCUGAUGAGCAUACAAAGCUCAGGGCAGUGGAGUGAUUAGGAAUUCCUUCUAACUUCAGCUGACCAGUGUUCCCUUUUCAAGAGCUUUCAUUAUUGAGGCUCUACUUCCUUCAAGGGGCUUUUUUGACCACAACUGUUGGAGUUCCUGCAACUUUAGCCUAUAAUGAGCAUCUGUGUUGAUAACGACCUUAAAAAUUAAGGAAAAAGUGUUUCAAACAUCUGCUGUGUUGAUCGCAGUGUAGCACAGAAUGGAGGAGGAAAAAUGAGUGUAGAUAAGAUUUCUGAUGUUCUCUUAUGAUUUGCUGUUUUUUUUGUUUGUUUUGUUUAUGAAGCGCCUUUCGGAUAGAUAUGUACACUGAACAAGCGAAGAGAUAAAAUCGAAGAGGUUUUAAAAACUUAUCACCAUGGACAGUGAAAAAUGCUUUUUUCCUUAAUGUAACAAUUUAAUGUAUUGCACCGUUUUGACCAUUUUUAUUGUUUUUUCUUUCAGUAUUUUUCUGUCUUUGAGACAAGAAAUCAAAGAAGUGCCAGUUGCCAAUAAGGAAAAGCAAUUACAGCUUAAUGUAUUGUGGGUAUUUUAAUGAAUAUACAAUGUAUUCAUUUUAUUGCUCUACUCCUAGUCACCUACUGUAGGUAGUGAUAGAGGUAAAGAUGGAGAGAAUGGGCACUUCUGUCCAUGAUGCCCAUAUAAACGUUCAAUAUGUCUGGCAGAAAACAAUGUAGCGUUUUAGCAGUGGGAGGCAGUGAUUCACGCACAACAGUACCCUAAACUUUUAUAGAAAUGAGUGAAGCACAGUUAGCCUUAUCUGUUUGAAACACAAUCAGAUAGUAGAAACCGUGCUGAGCACUUCCACUUCAUUAGACAACACAAGGGCCUGAUGAGUGUACCAUCUCAAAUGCGUUUGGAAAUUGACUGUUUAAUGUGACAUGCAAGUGCAUUGUGUUUGGAGGUUAAAAGCAUUUGUACUUGAUUUAAUUGUGUACAGUAGUCAUGGAACUGUGAUGUAACUGAGAAAAUGUAGAAUCCAAUGAUAAAGUGUUUUAAUAUUUCUAUACAUAGAUACAAAAUAGUCCCUUAUUCCUUGCCGUUUUAAAGCACAAAAAUGCCUAAUAGAUGUUUUUUUUUUUUUAUUUAAAGAAUUUCACUUAAUAUUUAUGAUCUUUACACAGCAGUAUGACUAGCACUGUGUUUUCUCCCAAAUAUAAACUCUCCAACCAGUGAGGCCUUCGAUACGACAGUCUAAUAAUAGGGUGUUCGUUUGAUAAGACUUUGUAGUGCUAUUGCUUGUGGAGUAUGUAGUUUAAAACACAUUGAUAUUAUCCAGUGCAACAUGCUUGCUGUCAGUUAUAAUUUUUCACUGUGAUCAUGCCAGGAGCUGCUGAAGUGGUAUCACCAUAGUUUUUAUUGACCACCAUGCACUUGUGAUACCUUAUCUACAAUACCUUGAGAAAGAUGGUUCUUCUGGUGUUGGCAUAGUCGAUGUGCAACUUCAAAUAGAGUUGCCAUUUUGGUGUAAAGUAUUGUCUUCUGCCAUUUUCUUUUUUCAGACAAUUUGUAUCUUUUGGCUUUGAAACACAAUUUAUUUGUAAUUCUUGGAGUUUGACAGUAAUGCAAUGUGCUUAAUGUAUUACAGAGCAUGCCAAGCCUGUAUUGGGAUUUGACUGCCGCUCAUUGAGUUUUAACCAUUUUGUUUGUCUGUAUGUGUUUUUUUUUUUUUACUUAAAGACAAAUGUUUUUUUGGUCUAUUAUGAUUCAGAACACUAGAAAAUAAUGUGUUGAAUAUAUUGCAAUGUGUCUCACAUUUCAAUGAUACAGUGCAAAAAAAAAAAAAACAUUCUUAGUAUUUUUGCCUUUUCUUCCUGUUAAAAUACCAAAACAUCCUUAAAACAAGGUUCGUUUUCUUGAGAAGGAAAGUGACGAAAGAUAUUUUCAGGAAAAUCUUAAAAAAACAUUUAUGCAUAUAAAAUACAAUUUGCCAAUGGGUAAAAAAAAAAAAAAAUUGAUUCAAUCUUCAAAACAAGUUUACCCUGUUGGCAAGUAGUUUAUUUUCUUGCUUCUCAAAUGUAUAUUUUUCUUGUUUUAUGGAUGUUUUUUAAUGUUUUAAAAAACUAAAAAGAGACAAAAAUACUCCAGAAUAUUUUUGCAGUGUAAUAGGAGGCGGCAAGUUUAGUUUCUCACCGAUAAACAACACGAGACAAGCAAUUGUGCUCUAAGGGUUUAUGAAAAUAUGUUUUCCAAUAUGUUUUUUUUAUUAUUAUUAUUGUCUUUUGUUUACAGAGCAAUCACUAGAUUGUUCUCAAAAAAAUACAGUGCCUUUUUGGUGACUUUUUCAAUCAUUUGCAAUACCAGGUAGCUGAAUUUGGUGUCUUCAAUAUCUGGUAGCUCCUGAUACCACAGCUUUCCUAAUAUCUGCAAAAUUGUUUUAUUGUAUCAUAUUAUUUCCUAUUUGAUGUGAAUUGUAAUUCCAGAUAUUUUUUAAAUGUACACUGUGUAUCUUUAAAUUUAACUUUUCAGGAUGGAAAAGGGAUUUGUUUUUGCUGUUAGCUAAUUGUUUUAAUGUGCACUGCUUUAUAGCCAACACAUUCACCUAUUAGUUAUUGUAUCACUCCAUUGGCUAAAGAAGACCAGUGCUGACAGUAUUGAAUUACUUGUGCAUAAUAAUGUAUGUGUUUUUUGUUUUUUUUUGUAUUAAAUACAUUUGUAUUUAUUGGGGCUGUGCAUGAAUCGGUGUGCAGCCACUGAGCCUAAUAUCAAAAGGGCAUAUUUAUGAAAGGGAGCCACUCAAAGCAGGGAGAGGUGAUCUUCACUUCUGUAUAGACUGACCACCUCAACUUCAGUACUCAACUGUAACGUAACAAACACCUAUUUUAGUCUUCUAGAAAGUAAUAUAAGUGAUUUCAUUUUUUUAAGAUAUUUUGAAUGAUCUAAAAUGUAUCUUUCAGUUUGAAUAAUUUGUAUUUUUUAAUUUUCCCCCAUCAAUGUCAUGUCACAGUUUUCUCUGCACCAUUCAGUUUCUUAAAAGUAACGAUUUGAAAAUGAAAACAAACAUAUUAAUAUUAAGAGUACAAAUCUAAAAUGAACGAGUGUAAAAAUGUGCCCUUAUACAGUACUUCAUUCUUAGAUUAUCUGUGUAUAUUUGGACGUUUCUUUGUGCCAUUUGGGAAAAUGUUUGUGUAUACCAAAGAAUUUAUUUGUAUUGUGAAUAGAAGCUGCAAGACAGAGCUGUGGAAUGUGGGCACGUUAUUUCUUUUCAAGCAGCACAUGUUCUUCAAUAAUUUGUUCUUGUACGCAAGAGUCACAAUUUAUUGUAUCGCUCAUUGGCUGAAGUCAAUUGUAUUGAUUUAUUGGCCAUUAUAUUCAUACAAAAGCGUAAUCUGUAUACGUUUGCACAGUGCACUCACUUUGUAUGUACAGAUCAUGUAUUGUUCGUUUGAUUUUUAUUUUACAAAAUUGAUUAUACAGUUGAAGUCAGAAGUUUAAAUACACUUAGUUGAAGUCAUUAAAACACUUUUUAACCACUCCACAGAUUUCAUAUUAGCAAACUAUAGUUUUGGCAAGUAGUUCAGGACUACUUUGUGCAUGACAUGAGUAAAAUAAUAAAACAAUUGUUUACAGACAGAUUGUUUCACAUUUAAUUGACUAUAUCACAAUUCCAGUGGGUCAGAAGUUUACUAUACACUAAUUUAACUGUGCCUUUAAGCAGCUUGGAAAAUUCCAGAAAAUUAUGUCAAGCUUUUAGCCAAUUAAUCAAUUAGCUUCUAAUAGGCUAAUUGGAGUCAAUUGGAGGUAUACCUGUGGAUGUAUUUUAAGGCCUACCUUCAAACUCCAUCUCUGCUUGACAUCAUGGGAAAAUCAAAAGAAAUCAGCCAAGAAAAACGUGGACCUCCACAAAUCUGGUUCAUCAUUGGGAGCAAUUUCCAAAUGCCUGAAGGUACCACGUUCAUCUGUACAAACAAUAGUAUGCAAGUAUAAACACCAUGGGACCACGCAGCCAUCAUACUGCUCAGGAAAGAGAUGCAUUCUGUCUCCUAGAGAUGAACAUAAUUUGGUGUGAAAAGUAAAUCCUAGAACAACAUCAAAUGACCUUGUGAAGAUGCUGGAGGAAAUGGGUAGACAAGUAUCUAUAUCCACAGUAAACGAGUUCAAUAUUGGCAUAAUCUGAAAGGCUGCUCAUCAAGGAAGAAGCCACUUCUCCAAAACUGUGAUGAAAAACUAGACAGUUUGCAAGUGCAUAUGGGGAUGCAGAUCUUACCUUUUGGAGAAAUGUCCUCUGGAAAAAAUUUAACCGUUUGUCCAUAAUGACCAUCGUUAUGUUUGGAGGAAUGAGGGGGAGGCUUGCAAGCUGAAGAACACCAUCCCAAUCGUGAAGCAUCGGGGUGGCAGCAUUAUGUUGUGGGGGUGCUUUGCUGCAGGAGGGACUGGUGUACUUCACAAAAUAUAUGGUAUCAUGAGGAAGGAAAUGUGGAUAUAUUGAAGUAACAUCUCAAGACAUCAGCCAGGAAGUUAAAGCUUGGUCGCAAAUGGGUCUUCCAAUUGGACAACGACCCCCAAGCAUACCUCCAAAGUUGUGGCAACAUGGUUUAAGGACAACAAAGUCAAGGUAUUGGAGUGGCCACCACAAAGCCCUGACCUCAAUCCAAUAGAAACUUUGUGGGCAGAACAUAAAAAGCAUGUGCGAGCAAGGAGCCCUACAAACCUGACUCUACCAGUUACACCAGUUCUGUCUGGAGGAAUGGGCCAAAAUUCCAGCAACUUAUUGUGAGAAGCUUGUGAAAGGCUACCCAAAAUGUUUGACCCAAGUUAAACCAUUUAAAGGCAAUGCUACUAAAUACUAACAAAGUGUAUGUAAACUUCUGACCCACUGGGAAUGUGAUGAAAGAAAUAAAAGCUGAAAUAAAUAAUUCUCCCUACUAUUAUCCUGACAUUUCACAUUCUUAAAAUAAAGUAGUGAUCCUUACUGACCUAAGACAGGGAAUGUUUUCCACGAUUAAAUAUCAAGAAUUGUGAAAAACUGAGUUUAAAUGUAUUUGGCAAAGGUGGAUGUAAACUUCUGACUUCAACUCUACAUGUGCAUCUGCCAGAUUUUGAGAGUAGAGAAACAAUGAAAGAUAUGAGAAGUUGCAUCUGUGUCUGUUUCAUGUGUUGGGGUCAACAAGAAUGCAACCCAAUGUAAAAUAAAGUGUAAGAAUUGGUCAUUAAA